AGAGUUUUAUAUCAUGAAAUUGGGACACAAUGCCAAGUUACUACUAUGUUUUAUAGGAAUAUUCUGUUGCUACUUCUACUACGGCAUAGUCCAAGAGAAAAUAACAAGAGGGACAUAUGGGGCUGAAAAUGAGAGAUAUUUCUACACCAUGUUUCUUGUGUUUUGCCAGUGCAUCAUCAAUGCUAUGUUCGCCAAAGGAAUACUUCUGGUGACAGACUCGCCUCCGGACAAGACACCAGCAUACCUGAGUUUUAUCUGCGGAGUUACUUACGUUGGAGCCAUGUUGGCUUCCAAUGCCUCCCUUAAAUGGGUCAACUAUCCGACUCAAGUGUUGGGAAAGAGUUGUAAACCCAUUCCCGUGAUGCUGCUUGGAGUGAUAUUAGCUGGAAAAAGGUAUAAUAUUGUCAAGUACCUGUCGGUGAUGUUGAUAGUAGUUGGAGUUGCUCUGUUCAUGUAUAAAGACGGUAAAUCUGACGGUUCUGGAUUUACGGUUGGUUCUGGUGAAAUGUUACUUCUCACAUCCUUGACACUUGACGGUCUAACUGGUGUGGCUCAAGAGAAAAUGAGAGGACACGGAAUGAAAGCUCACUACAUGAUGUUAAUGAUGAACCUGUCAGCAUUGGUUGUCAUGACGAUAUCUCUGUUGGCCACUGGAGAGAUCUGGGAAGCCCUCACAUUCUGCACAAAACACCCCGAAGUCGUUCCCGAAAUCAUCACUUUCGGAUUUGCCAGUGCUCUCGGUCAAAACUUCAUCUUCAUCACCGUGUCUGAGUUCGGGCCCCUGAUGUGCUCCAUCAUGACCACUACCCGGAAGUUCUUCACAAUCCUGGGAUCUGUCGUUUUGUUUGGUAAUGCACUGGCCACCCGUCAGUGGAUAGGUACUGCUGUUGUCUUUGCGGGACUAGUCCUGAACGAUAGGUUUGGUAAAACUGUCAAGGUUGAGAAACUCUGAAAGAUUUAAUUUAGGUGUUAAAUGGGUUUAAAUUUUCUGUCUCCACAGGACUGAUAUAACUCUCGUUUAUUCAUAAAAAAUUGCAACCAGUUAGCUGUAUUUAACUUUUAAAUUCCCUUAAAUUUCAUCUUAACAUUAACAAUAGUUUUUGCUGACAGUUUCUGAUAAUCAUAUUUUAUCUAUUCAUAACGUUAUUUGAUUAUUAAUUAUAUUGAAGUUAGUUUAAUAACAUUUAAGUUAGUUUCAGAUGUCUUUUGUUGUACCUUUUAAGUUUUAGCUCAAUCGGUCUGUUUUAGGGAUUUAAUAUUUAACUAUUCAAAAUUUCACCUUGGACCCCCUAGACUUUUUAGUUAUAUUCUCAACGGGAUUCAAAAUAUUUAUUUAGAGUUGAUGUUAAUACAUUUAUUUUUCAAGAACAUGCUACAUAACCGACUACGUAAAAUGAUGAUUUGGGUAACCGAUAUAGUAAGUAUUUGUGGAUGUUAGUAUACGUAUGACCAACUAAGCUCUUAAUUUUUAGUUCAUGUUUUUAUUUCGCUGAUUAAUGAUCAGAAUCGAGUUUUACUGACCACAUAAAG